AUGCAACCGUCAAAAGUCUUGCCGUACUACUUCAAGGCAGGGAGGAAAUUUGAUCCAGAGGCAGUGACCAUUACAACUUUAAUUACUUUCGAUCGAUACCCUAUUUUCAGUAAAUUAGUCACCAACUACCAGGGCCCUAUCUCAGUCAGUAUCCAUGUCAACGACGACGAGAACCGGGACGAGAACCUGUCAAAGUUGCAUGACAUGUACAAUUCCAACCCAUUUAUGAAAGAAUUCGUAGAUGUGCAUGUCGUCGUUGAUAAAUUUGACCGUCAAUUCAACAUGUGGCGCAAUGUUGCCAGGUUCUUUGCUAGAACAAAUUACUUUAUGAUGCUCGAUGUUGACUUUCAUAUCUGCACAAAUUUAAAGCAUCAUUUAUCAUUGGACCCCGAGGCUCAGAAGCUUAUGCGGUCAGGAGCAGCAGUGUUAUUACCCGCAUUCGAAUAUGUUAAUCAGGAUGAUGGAAUCGACUCGGCGACAUUCCCAAAGGACAAGGAGUCGGCAAUCCGCCUGGUGCAGGAAAAGAAGUUGACAGUAUUUCAUGACUUUUUUCUCAAGGGCCAUGGCGCGACAAACUACGAGCGUUGGUACAAAACUGAUUCUGUCUACAAAGUGACGGAGUAUCAGCACUCGUAUGAACCAUACGUGAUCCUCAAAAAGGAAGGAACACCAUGGUGUGACGAGCGAUUUGUUGGCUACGGAGCUAAUAAAGCAGCAUGCCUAUUUGAGAUUUAUAUCUCUGGAAUUGACUACUAUGUACUGCCUCACGACUUUUUGAUCCACCAAUCUCAUCCAUACAAAGAGGAAACUCGGAAACAAGAACGCAAGUACAAUCGAAAGCUUUAUCAAAACUUCCAAGAGGAGGUCUGUUUCCGAUACGCUAUGAGGUUCGUACACGCCAAUCUCUGGGAUUCUCCGAAGGCUAAUAAUCUAAAGGAACAGUGUAACAAAAUUCGAGGCUUCAAGCAGGCUAUGACACAGUUCAGUCAGCUCUGA